GGAAAAAAAGAAAAAGAAGAAUAAAAGAAAGAAGAAAAGAAACUACUACUCUCUCUCUUUCUUUCUCUUUCUUAAUUCGCGAUUAAAUAACGAUGAACAACUUCAACUUCAGUGAAUUGUGUUGCCUGUUUUGCUGUCCGCCCUGCCCAUCGAGAAUCGCCGCUAAGCUAGCGUUCCUACCUCCGGAACCUACGUACACGUUUAUCGAGGACGAGGGUUCCUCGAAGUUUACGAUAUCAUUAUCGGAACGUGCCGAGUGGCAAUACAACGAGAGAGAACUGGAAUCCGUAGAAGGUUUUUACGCGAGAACGUCUCGAGGAAAUCGUAUAGCAUGCGUAUUUGUACGUUGUUCGGCAACGGCACGAUUCACAUUAUUAUUCUCCCACGGAAACGCCGUAGAUCUUGGCCAGAUGUCUAGCGUCUAUCUUGGAUUAGGAUCAAGGAUUAAUUGCAAUAUAUUCAGUUACGAUUAUUCGGGAUAUGGAUUAUCAAAUGGUAAACCAUCGGAGAAGAACCUUUAUGCCGAUAUUAACGCUGCCUGGCAUGCUCUAAGAACGCGAUACGGUAUCAGCCCGGAAAAUAUUAUUCUCUAUGGUCAAAGUAUCGGAACCGUGCCCACCGUCGAUCUUGCUACAAGAUACGAGGUUGGCGCGGUCGUUCUGCAUUCGCCGCUCAUGUCCGGCAUGCGUGUUGCAUUUCGAAGUACUAAGAGAACUUGGUUCUUCGACGCCUUUGCCAAUAUAGAUAAGGUACCCAAAGUAACGUCUCCAGUUUUGGUUAUUCAUGGUACUUCAGACGACGUUAUAGAUUUCAGUCAUGGACAAGCUAUUUAUGAGAGGUGUCCGAGAGCUGUGGAACCAUUGUGGAUUGAUGGAGCCGGUCACAAUGACGUAGAACUUUACAACCAAUAUUAUGAACGACUGAAGCAAUUUGUAAGCAUAGAAUUGGUAAACUGACGGCGACUAAGCCUCUCCCAGAGU